ACUUUUCUGCUCCGAUCAGAGCAACCAACCAUGAAAGCCAUUCUCUUCCUUGUGCUUCUCGUCGCCAUCUCCUGGACUCUUCUUGACGUUGUCGAUUCGAAAGGAGUUCCAGCAAAGCGUGUAAAGAGACAAUAUUAUGGAGGAUAUGGAUACGGUGGAUAUGGUUAUGGUGGCUGUAACUGUCCCACUUAUGCCCCAUGCACACAUGGUCCAGGUGGAUAUUAUGGUUAUGGAGGAUAUGGCGGAUAUGGUGGCUAUGGAGGCUAUGGUGGAUAUGGUGGAUAUGGCUACAAGAAAUAAGGAUCGAAAUCUGAUCAACUUCACCUAAUUUUUCUAGAUCAAAGAAUACAAUCUUCAUUUUAC